AUGGCUCGCACUUCCUUUUUUCAUAUAAAAAGAGGAAACGUCUGGAUUUGCGCUGUGACUCGCCAGAACGUGAACGCCACAAUGGUGUUUGAGUUUGUCAACAAAUUUGCUGAUGCGAUGCAGUCGUAUUUUGGCAAGUUGAACGAGGAGAACGUCAAAAAUAACUUCGUGUUAAUCUACGAGCUGUUAGAUGGUUAG